AUGCUCGUUUAUCCGCCUACUGAAACUGUGGAUCAGGUUGAUGAUUAUCACGGUACGAAGGUGGCAGAUCCUUAUCGCUGGCUGGAAAAUGAUGUGCGUCGGGACGCCCAGGUACGGGCCUGGGUUGAUGCGCAGCAGAAAUUCACUGGUGAUUAUUUAAGGCGUCUGCCGGAACGUGCGGACUUACACGAUCGUUUGACCCAACUGUGGGAUACCCCGCGCUACGGCGUGCCGGUUAAGCGCGGGGGGCAGUACUUCUAUAGUUUCAACGAUGGCCUUAUGAACCAGGCUCAGGUGCUGGUUCAGACUGGACUGGACAGCGCUCCGAGGGUACUGCUUGAUCCAAACAAGUGGUCCGACACAGGUACAACCGCGCUGGCUGCCUAUUUUGUGUCUCCCGAUGGCAGGUACCUGGCUUAUCUGGUGCAGGUGGACGGCUCUGACUGGCGCGAAGCCCGAGUGCUUGAUGUGUCCAGUGGGGAGGAUUGUGACGAUACUCUCAACUGGCUGAAGUUUACCGGUUUGAGCUGGGCGGCUGACGGCACUGGGUUCUACUACAGUCGUUUCCCCCAGGGCACCGAUGACAAGUUUCAUCAGGUGGCGCAGAACAAUGCCGUGUAUUUUCAUCGAUUGGGUACGCAGCAAUCGGAUGACACCCUUGUUUUCAAUAAUUCCGAGCAGCCCCACUGGCGUUAUGAUGCGCAGGUUACCCGGGAUGGCGCCUAUCUGGUCAUUGAUGUGGGGAUCGGAACGGACCGGCGUAACCAGGUUCUGGUGCAACAUCUUGAGGCAGAUCAGAACCCCUGGUUUCUGGUUGAAGGCUUUGCGGAUCACCUCGCCUGUCUUGGUCAUGUAGAGGGCGAGCUUUAUUUUCUGACAGAUCAGAACGCACCUAAUGGGCGUGUCAUCGCUGUGCGUCCCGAAACAGGCGUUGAGGCGCUGCAACAGGCGCGUGAGAUUGUCUCUGAGUCAGGCAAUGUAUUGGACAGUGCGCAAAUGUGCGGCACACAACUGAUUUUGCGGUAUCUGCAGGAUGCAUCCAGUAGCCUGAAGAUUGUUGAUCUGCAGGGUGAUAACGCUGAAAGCGUGGAUUUGCCUGGCCUGGGUGGCGUGCAGACGGUGACGUCCCGCCAGUGGGACGAUGAAGUAUUUUUUGAUUUUUCAGCCUUGAACCAUCCACCUGCCGUUUACCACCUGUCGUUAGAAGAUCAGCGUCUGGAAGUAUUUAAGCAGGUGCAGGUGGCCCUUGAUGUGUCUGAUUUUGUUCUGAAGCAGGUAUUUUUUGAGUCGAAAGACGGUACUCGCGUGCCGAUGUUCAUCUGUCAUAAAACGGGUAUCGAGCUCAAUGGUCAGAAUCCUACCCUCCUGUAUGGGUACGGUGGAUUCAAUGUUUCCCUGACGCCUGAUUUUUCUAUCUCGCGUGUGCUCUGGAUGGAGCAGGGUGGCGUGUUUGCUAUUGCUAACCUGCGUGGUGGCGGAGAGUAUGGCGAAACCUGGCAUGCCGCAGGCACCAGGCUGCAGAAGCAGAACGUGUUUGAUGAUUUUAUUGCCGCUGCUCAGUAUUUAAUCGAUGCAGGGUACACCAGGCCUGCCCACCUCGGCGUUAUGGGUGGCAGUAACGGUGGGCUGCUGGUCGGCGCGGUGGUCAAUCAACGGCCUGAACUGUUUGGCGCAGCCUUAGCGCUGGUUGGCGUCAUGGAUAUGUUGCGUUUUCAUCACUUCACCGCCGGGGUCUAUUGGAUAGACGACUAUGGCAGUGCUAACGAUGCUGAUGAGUUCGAUGCGCUUUACGCCUACUCGCCGUAUCAUAAUCUCAAGCCACGCACGUAUCCUCCAAUGCUGGUGGGGACCGCCGAUACUGACGAUAGAGUUGUGCCGGGGCACAGUUUCAAAUAUGCCGCCCGGCUGCAGGCUGUACAGCAGGGUGAUGCGCCGGUAUUACUCCGGGUAGAAAGCGCUGCCGGCCACGGACUGGGCACGCCUACGUCGAAACUCAUUAAUGAAUACGCCGAUUACUGGGCGUUUUUAUUCCACCAUCUGAAAGCCUGA